UUGAGGAAAUAAAAUGUCGACAAUAUUUGAGAACACGGUAAUUAUUAACGUACCAUUUUCCGUAUAAAAGAGACAAGCAGUGUCUAUGCAAUUAGCAAUGGCUCUCUUCUGGCUCGUUUCGUGUUUCGCCUUUAUCGGUGCCACCUUUGGGUGUGGUGUCCCGGCCAUCAAGCCAGUCAUCACCGGCUACUCCCGCAUCGUCAACGGCGAGGAAGCGAUGCCGGGCUCCUGGCCCUGGCAGGUGUCCCUGCAGAGCAAAACUGGUUUCCACUUCUGCGGCGGCUCCCUCAUUGACCCUUACUGGGUUGUGACAGCUGCUCAUUGUGGAAUCAGCCCCUCGGAGCACCGUGUCAUCUUGGGUGAGCAUGACCGAAGCUCCAGCUCCGAGAAGGUCCAGACAAUGACCAUCGCCAAGGCCAUCAACCACCCCCAGUGGGACAACAUGAGCAUCAACAAUGACGUUGCGCUCAUCAAGCUGUCCCAGCCUGCUCAGAUGACCGAUGGCGUCUCAGCCGUCUGUCUCUCCUCCACCUCUGACAACUUCCCCCCUGGCCUGAACUGUGUCACGUCUGGUUGGGGCAUUACCAACAAUUUUGACUCCGACACACCCCCAAGGCUGCAACAGACCGCUCUGGCAAUUGUGGCAACGCCCACCUGCCAGCAGCUGUUGGCCAACAUGAACAAAAUCACCGACGUCAUGAUCUGUGCUGGUGGUGCUGGAGCUACUUCGUGCAGGCGUGACUCUGGCGGCCCCCUGGUGUGCGAGAAGGACGGCGCGUGGAACCUCGUGGGGAUCGUGUCGUGGGGCAAUAGCUCGUGCUCCACCAGAAUCCCUGCCGUGUACACGCGCGUCACCGCCAUACGCAGCUGGAUCGACCAGACUAUUGCGGCCAACUAGGAAUUAUAUGAAGCAGUGCUCUUCUUUGAAGCGAUACAUCUUCAAUUUAAAACAUCUCUAUAAUUACCAUGACUUCACAUGAUACCAAUAGAUACAUAGUCAGUGCACCUAGAAACACAUGUACAAAUGUUGACUAUGUGUUCAUUGUGUUGAUUGACAAAUACAUUGAGAAAUAAUCUUGAUUCUCCUGCCUCAGCAGUCCGUCUGCUGUAUUGUUUCACCUGAAGACGAUGGCUUGUGUUGCUAUCGAAAC